AUGUCCGCACCCCGAACGAAGCGUCAAUUCGCAGGCGCAGCUAGCGAUCCCGCCCAGCGCCAGAUCACAUCGUUCUUCACCACCAGCAACGCAUCCUCGUCUCCGUCGUGCACCAACACAAACCUAUCGCACACGGCACAACCCGCAUCAGGAUCCUAUUCAGCAGACGCAUCGUCUCACCUAUCGCACACUGUCCAAGCGAACCUGAUCUCGGUGGGCAUGCGCGUGCGCAAAUCCGUACCCGAGGGAUAUAAGACAGGCACUUACAGCGCCUUCGCACUCUGGGACGAGAACAACAACGCCGGCACUAUACCAGGCGCAGGCGAAAUGGCGGCAGCAAACGAGGGCCGGUCGCGCGCAAACGCCUUCUCGACGCCGCGCGAACUGCUGCCCUUCUGCGGCAUCAACAAGGUCGGCGGCAUGGACACGCAACCCGAGCACCCGCUCUCCAUCUCGACAAUGACGACGACCCACGCGUCUACAUCGACAUCAUACCACCACCAGCCCAUCUUCAGCCUCAAAGACGCCCCGCUCCUCGGCGACAUGCCCGGCCUGACGAGCAGCCAGGGCUCGAUGGACAGCACCGACUCCAACCUCUCCACCGACACCGACUGUUCGCCCGUCAACGCGCGCAAGCGGUUCUUCACCGAGGACGAGAACGAGAACGAGGCGCUCGAGAUCCCGGACCGCCUGAAUAUCUGGCGCCAUCAUUUCGACGGCGACGUCAGUCCGCGCAGCCUGGCGCCCGUGGGCUGGGGACCAGGAAAUGGACGCAUCCUGGCGAUGCCGCGGAAGGGAAGACUGCGCAGCAAGAUGGUCGGUCAUGCCGCAAGGGGAGGCUGUCCGGGACCUGUUGGUAUCGAACAGGAGAACGUCAUGGUGGUGGAUAGCGAUUUUGAGGAGGCAGCGUUCUUGGAUCAGAAGGCGUGGGAGGUGGAUAUGAGCGAUGCCUGA